AUGUAUAAUAAUUCAGAAGCAAGUGUAGACCACCAAAAGGGUGAUAAAAAGGGCGAUAAUAAACAAAUUAUGAAGGAAUCCAGUAAUUCACAAACAAAAAAUCGUGAAAAUUCCCAAAAUGAAACAUCUGUAAAAUUAAACACCAGAGGAAAACAGACAAAAGAAGAUGAGGAUUUAAUCGAACAAGAUUUGUCAGAUGAAGAGGACAAUUACGAAGAACCAUCGGUUCAAAAAUAUAUGCCAGGUGUAUACGUGGAUCUGAAGUUGAAGACGAAACUGCUGGAAAAAGGAGGAAAUAAAAUCGCAAUCCCAAUGAUAGUGGACUUCUACUCCGAGUGUGUCAAAAAGUACGGCGACGAGAAAAACUUCAUAUACGAAGAGUCGUACCUGGAGAGCACGAGAGUGAAAACGGAGGAGUUGUACCCGGAACUGUACAAGUUCCCGAAGGCGGCAGGAGAUCUUAACGGAGACCACCAGUCACAACUGAGCCUGGACAAUAAGCAAGUGAUAGGAUUCCCAGAGUCACAAAAACAAGGACCAAUAGAGGAGAACCUGGACGACGUAAUAUGGCUUAAAAAUAGACCAAACGACCCUUUGCUGCGAUGUAUAAGAUCAAUAACAGAUAGACUAAACAUACAGGGAAUAGUAGGAGACCCGACGAGUUACCUGAAAAAAGGAGGAGACGAUAUGCACUACGACAUGGAUGACCCGUUCUUCGACGAUAGCGCAAUGCUAUCGGAACUAAAAAUGAGUAAAAGCGACAUACUGCUACAGAGAGCAAUGGAAAGAGAGUUCUCAGAUUGGAGCGAAGACGAAGAGGAAAUGGACUCGACAAACGUGGAGCCAGAAGAUUUUGUGUCGGAGUACUACAGAGAGUUUGAAAAACACGAAAGAAAAAGAGAUAAGUCAGAAGGAGAGCAUAAACUGUUUUUUGACCCAACGGGAUGGAGAGAAUAUCACUCGAAGAUACCGAAGCAGUUUAUAACGAUAUUUAACGAAUUUGAAAACACAUCGAAAAAAAUAACAGAACCAAUAACAGAAAAGAUAUUAAGAUUAAAAAUAAAAGAAUUAUUGGAAUCAAUAUUUAAAAAAUUGAAUAAAAUGCAGGAAUUGAAUAGAGUGGGAACAAAAAAGAAGCAAAAGAAGACGAAGCAAAACGAAGUGGGAGAAAACGAAGUGGACAAUAAAGAGGAGACUCGAGAGGAAUCGGAGUCGAAGUUGCAGGAAAGUGUGGCAAGGGAGGAGUCUGACAAGUCAUUGAAGACUAAGGUGUCAGGAGGAGAGGACUUUAGCGAAGGCAUUAAGAGGAGAGGCCUUAACUGUAUGCUCCCAUACAGGGUAGUGGACGUAAACGGAAAGAUACUGCGCUGGAUAGUGAAGUCGAUCACAGCAACGACGAACGCAUGCUCGCCGUACGAAAUACACUGCGAAUGGUUCACAAUAGUAGUGGCGAACAACGAGAGGCUGGUGAACGAGUACUCUGGGAAGCUGAAGGGGAAGCUGACAGCGAAGUUGCAGGCAAUGAAGCCGAAGAAGCUGGAAAUUAUGAUAUCGCUGCUCUCAGAGUCGACAAAGUCACUGUCUAAGUCGACAGGGAUCAUAAAGAAGCUGCUGAAGGAGCACAGAGACCUGAACGGCCACAAGAGCACGAAGUCGUCGAGCAAGGAGGGAGCGGAGGCGGCCCAGAAGAAGUCCCUCAUAGAAAUAAGCCUGGACUCGAACAGAGAGGACCACGAGGAGUUCAUGGGCCUGGACCCAGGAAGCAAAACCCCGGAGGUAAAGGAACCGGAAUCGCAGAACGCUGAAAUGAUUGACGUGGAAGCGCAGGAAGUGGGAACGCCUAAGGCUGUUUUUCAUAAGGAAGAAGUUACGAAGGCCAAUGGUCCUAAGACGGAAGUCACUAAGGAUGUCACAAAGGCAGGAACUAAGGAUGCUGUAAAGGCUGGUGUUGCAAAGGCAGAAGCUCGUAAACCGAAAAGCAAAAAGCAGCAAGUGAGCCAAGUGGAAAUCCCGCAACUGGAACUGGAGGAACUGGAAUACAUAACACCACACACGCCAGGGUUUCUGAUAGCCAGCGGACGAAUACAUAGAAGUUACACACCAACGAGAAUGAUGGACGAACCCGAAGAAGUAAACGAUAGUUGCUUAGAUGAAAAAACAGAUAAGAGUGGACAUGGAAAGAAAAGUAAAACAAAGGAGCCGGAGACGAAUAGUGGAUCACCAGCAGCUGAAAAUGAAGUGACAAGUAGACCUAAGACACGAAGUAGAAGAAACAGUAAAGCAAAUAAAGAACAUAUGAACGUCAACGAGAAAAGUGAAGAAACAGUGGAAGUAGGAGAAGGAAGCCAAGGAGUGGAUGUGAAGGAGAGUAAAGGAGAAAAGGAAACGAUAAAUGAAUCGGAAAGCCAGACAAUUAAGACACCAAAGAAAGUAAAUUCACAAAGCACAGUCACGACAGUGACGACGGCGACGACGAAGGAAGAAGACCUGGAAACGAUACUGAAACAGUCGAAGAUAAUGAACAGAGUGAAGGACGUACAUAAAGUGUUCAAGGUAGCAGGCUCAGAAGUAAUAGCGUUCAUACAAGUAAGUAAUCUGGCAAUCUCAGUGGCAAAUAAGUUGCAAACGAAGCAAUUUAAACACGUGAUAGAACACCUAGGACUGACAAAUAACCCGUUCGAACAGACGUACAAGAAAGUGUCGGAGCUGAUGAGUAUCGUACUGCAGGAGCUCUACGAAGUUAAGGUAAACAUACCGAUAGAAGUGGCGAAGGUGGUGGUGAUCAAACUGCAAAAUGAACUGAAGGUGGAGGACCUGUACGAAAAGAAAAACAAAAAGCCGCUGCUGCUGUUCGACAACUCACACACGAAGGCGGCACCAGGAGUGGUGAUACUGGAGGGACCGAAGCAGAAGAGCACGAAGAAAGGAGCACAGACAGAAGGGCCAGAAGGGCCGAAGUCGUUAGGAGCAGAAGGAGCAGGGAAAACGAAGGAGGUGAAGGGGUCGCCGAAGAGGAAGGCAGCAGUGCUGAACUCGCUGGCAAAGAUGCAAAACACGAAAGCAAACGGUAAGUAA